AUGCCGCCCAAACCGCGCACCACCAUCCCGCGUCCGCCCCCCUCUUCCUCCUCAACCACCGCAAAUCGAACCCCGCAAUCCACUCAACCCACCGCGCCCACCACCAAACGCAAGCGAUACAUCCACUCACCCCUGACCCUCAUCACAAUCCUCCUCUUGCACUCCAUCCUCCACAUCCUCGCCUUCAUCUUGCUCACCGAACCGUGUCUCAACCCGUCCUACACGACACGCUUCCGCGACAAGCUCGACUACUUUUCGCUGUUGACCGCCAACCCGUCUGCGAUUCCGGUGGGGGAGUGGAGGGAGAGGUUUACGUCUGCUGGAAUUCGGGCCUUGUUCGGAGUCGGGGUGGUGCAGGUGUGGUUUACCGCGAGAAUGUGCGGAUACUUCGAGCGGAGUGAACUGGUAUACGGGAGGUUGGUUAGAGCCUUGAAGGAGCAGAGGGAGGCUGGGAAAAAGGUCGGAGUAGAUACGAGAUUCGCCCAAGAAACCAAAGCCGAUGAAGAGGAGGAGGAGAAGGUCGGCAGCUUCAUCCGCCAACUCGAAUCUGUCUCUUUAACCCUCCUAGCCACCCCCUUCCUCUCCAUCCUUGUCUUCACGCUCCUCAUCCUUCUUGGUGCACCUCUCACCCACUUCAAACAAACCGCCCUCGUCUCCUUCCACCUAACCCUACUUCUCCUCCUCCCUCCACUCCACAUCCUAGGCCUCCCCUCCGACAACCCGUCAUCCGCAUCAUCGAACCACUGGAAAUCCCUCCUCACCCUCUCGCCCUCCCCUCCCCACCUCCUCCCCCUCUUCUACCAACCCCUCUUCUCGCUCGCCACAACGUUCCUCGCAACAGCCGUCCUCGCGCUCGACUGGAACGUCUCUUACCAGACCUACCCUUUCCCCCUCCUCGUCGGCAGUCUCAUCGGUCUAGUCGUAGGGAACUUGUACACUGUCAUCAUCAUCAUUCGCGGUUAA